AUGGCAGAUUCCAAAUUGCAUGUUGUUAUGUUCCCAUGGUUUGCGAUUGGCCACAUGACUCCAUUUCUCCACAUCUCCAACCAGCUCGCUGCAAGAGGCCAUACAAUCACCUUCCUCUUGCCCAAAAAGGCUUCCUCUCAUUUUCAACAUCUCAAUCUUCACCCACAUCUCAUCUCCUUUCGCAUCUUGACUGUUCCUCCCGUCCCCGGCCUCCCUCCGACCGCUGAGACCGCCUCCGACGUACCCUUCUCUCUCAACAACUUGCUCGCCAUUGCUUUCGAUCUAACUCGGCCCCAGGUGGCGGACKUCAUCCACUCUGCCCGCCCCGAUCUCGUCCUUUACGAUUUUGCCUAUUGGAUCCCUGAAAUCACCACUCCGCUCAAGAUCAGAUCAAUCAGUUAUAUCGUCGUUAGUGCAGCGUCGAUCGCCGUCGCUGUCUUCYCAGGAAGGAAAAAUGCAAGCAUUGACGACCCCUUGACGGAGGAGGAACUGCAACGGCCACCACCUGGUUACCCGUCAUCCACUGUUGUCCUUCGUGCUGGCCGUGAAGCACGGUCCUUGCUCUUCUUGUCCAAGCCCUUUGGCGAUGG